UGUCAGCGCCUGGCGUACUUCGAGUCCCCGCCAGGCCUCCCGGCCGGCUUCUCCGGUCGCCAUGACGGCGGCCGUGUUCUUCGGCUGCGCCUUCAUUGCCUUCGGGCCUGCGCUGGCCCUCUACAUCUUCACCAUCGCCACUGAGCCAUUGCGCGUCAUCUUCCUCAUCAUCGGAGCUUUUUUCUGGUUGAUAUCUCUGCUGUUUUCCUCUCUUUUUUGGUUCAUGGCAAGAACCAUUAUUGACAACAAAGAUGGACCAAUACAGAAAUAUCUGCUGAUCUUGGGAGUUUUAGUCUCAGUCGUUGUCCAAGAAAUGUUUCGGUUUGCGUAUUAUAAACUUCUGAAAAAAGCCAGCGAGGGUUUGAAGACUAUAAACCCAGAUGAGACAGCACCCUCCAUGCGAUUGCUGGCCUAUGUUUCUGGCUUGGGCUUUGGAAUCAUGAGUGGAGUAUUUUCCUUUGUCAAUACCCUUUCCGACUCCUUGGGACCAGGCACGGUGGGGAUUCAUGGGGACUCUCCUCAGUUCUUCCUAAAUUCAGCUUUCAUGACGCUGGUUAUCAUAUUGCUGCACGUGUUCUGGGGCAUCAUAUUUUUUGAUGGCUGUGAGAAGAAAAAGUGGUCUGCCCUUCUUGUUGUUCUUCUGACCCAUCUGCUGGUGUCAGCCCUGACUUUCAUAAGUCCUCAUUACGGAAUAAAUUUGGUGUCAACAUAUAUAAUUGUGGUACUCAUGGGCAUCUGGGCGUUCUUUGUUGCUGGAGGCAGCUGCCGAAGCCUGAAACUGUGCCUCCUCUGCCAAGACAAGGACUUCCUCCUUUUCAACCAGCGUUCCAGAUAACCUCUGAGCACCAGCACCUGCCACACAGUCACAGAGUGAAGUAACUGAAAUGCUAAUCCUCUCUUUGGAUGAUGCUUUGGUAAGAACAGCAAGGAAGAUGCCCUCCUUGACUACAGAACUGAACUCUCUUUGGAGGACGUAUUUAACUGGGAGACUUUUCUUAUUGACACCAUGGGGCCCCAAAAAGAAAUAAUCUCUACAGAUCUGCUAAAAAGAUGCCACCAGAUUACCUAAUGGUGUUGGUUUUCUACAACCAUGAUAGGGACCGAGGGCUUUGCCCUCCAGGUUGCAGGAUUGCAGGCCCCGGGCCAGGAAGCCACCACUGCUCUGUGUGGCUUAAAUCCCAGGGUGGUAGGCGUGGGUUACAGUGGGAGCUGGGGGUUCAGUGCUCCCCACUCCCUUCAGUGGCCACACUCGGGCGGUCUCUGCUGAAGGAAUGGUGGGUGGUGGCACCAGGGCCUCUUACUUUUUUCGGGCCAGAGCAACAGAACAAGCCUGACAGCAUCCCUAGGUGACUCUCUCCUAGGACUUCAAAUCUUGCGAGCUAAAUUCUGAUCUUUAAGGCUUCUUAAAACAAACGGAUUGAUUUGAAUGCCUGUUGUCAAACUGAAAACAAAGCAAAAGACUUGAAACUAAAAGGUGACACCUGGCCAGGCUUCUGUUAAAAUCAUUCUGCAGAGAAGACCCUGGGGAGGGGAAGGGAAGGGAGAUGGUUACAUUCUUUCAAUCUUGUAAUGAGCUCCAGGCACAAUGCCUGCCACAAAAGUGAGUCCCUGUCCUUAGGGUCUUGGAAUGUGUGGAUAAUCUAGACGUGCUUGUUCUUUUUCUCUGUGGCAGUAAGUCAUUAUCCUGUGCUGUGCUCAGAACCAUGACAGAGAUGAACGGUUGUUCCAGCCGUACUGAAGGAGACUGUAAGUCACCUUCAGGGGAACAGGGAGGAUUCCUGGCGUGAUACUAGAGUUGGGUCUUGAAAGAAUUUUCCAGGUGGAAAGCUGAGGGGCAUCGCCGGCAAUGGACCCUGUGUGCAAAAGUAAAUCAUGUGCACAUGUUAAAGCAGUGCCCUGCUAAGGGAGACCCUGCGGGGCGUGGAUGGAUGCCAGGGGGAGAAAUGCCUGAAAGAUUGCUGCGGCAGCCUCACCAAGGGUGGGUCCAGCUUUCUGACUUCCCACCUGGUCUGCUCUGUGCCAGAGGCUUCUUUUUAAGGAGCAAGAGAACAUCCACAGAAGGGUUUUUGUUCUCCAUAGUGCUCAGCUUGGGGUGUGCUCAGGAAAUGUAGUGUGUGGAAUUGCACUAGAGGAAGGGACUAGGGACUUCUUAGCGCAUUUGACAAUUACUCCUGACUGUUCAGCCCCCUAUAUCCAGGGGGAUUUGAAGGUGGGAACUCCUCUGGUCUUUCAUUUGGAUGUCUCAGUAGAUUUGAUGGUAGUUUCCAUCUAACAAUUUUUAUUUAAAAAUAGGAACUUUUAGAAACAAAAGGUCAGUAACCACAAAGCAUACAUUCUAGUCUCAAAAAGUAGAUAAUUAGCCAUCUUAGCUUUGUAAGAUUUUUUCCUCUUUUUAAAGGUUUUAUAAAACUACCCAGGUCCCUCAGGGUCAAGCAGAUUCUAAUGGUGUGACUCCCCAGAUUGAGCAGGGGUGAAAGCCCCACCCCUCUACUGUCCAGCGCUCUUGCCUACGAGUGCCUCAGCUGCUCCAGGCUCUUGCAGGGGGGACAUGCGGUGCUCAGAUGAUUAUAGAAACUCUUUGGCUUCCCCUUGUCCCUUAAGUGUCCCUGCCCCCUGGUAUAUUAAAAAUAGGGCUAGAUCACAUUAGCAUUUAGGUUUGAUCCGGACCCAGUGUUGCUGUCCUUAGGUAGGAAGAAGUCAGUGUGAGGGAACUAAGAAUCAGGCUCCUGUAAGUCUGCCCGUGCCAUCUUUCUCCUUCCUCACAGAGGGCAUCUGACUCCUGUGAGAUCUGGUCUGGUCACAGGAUGUUUCCCCCCCCCCCAACACUGGGGUCCCACCUGAAGAACAGUGACUCUUGUUUCCCCUCUUUAGUUCAAGUCCUCCAUUUGUACCACUUGGAAGACGCACUUUCAAAAGAGCUUUAAAAAAUUGCCUGACAUGACUUUGACGUCUCCAUAAAGAGUGGGCAUUUUAACUAAAGGCAACAAGAAACACAACACACAUGAGAGAAAAAAAUGAUAUAAAAGCGAGGGAGAAAAUGAUAAGGAGUUUCUGAAGCAAGUUGCUGCCACAGAGGCAUCUGGAGCCCUGAUAUAGGGUUUGUAGACUCCUCUUAAGGAUGGAUAGUUCUCACCCAUCCACUUCUCUUGGCCUUGGAGAGUCCCAAUUAGACUAAAAGCAGGUAUAUGCAAAUUCUAAAGGAAGACGGGGAACAGGGCUUCUCUUGAGUUUGGUCAUUUUACCUUACUAACCCAACAACCUUUCGGUUUCAGGGGUAGCCAUCACCAGAUUGAAAAUGUCAUGCUGCAAUAGAAUAAAGAUCAGGGCAUAUGGUAGAAAACUCCAGAAUCCUGUCAUAUGAGUUGGAAAAAAAAAAAAAAAACAGCAUGGGCCUUGGAAAGUCCUCGUGUAAUCCCUGGGCAGUGGUUCUCAAUUUUGCCCCUCUUUCCCUGGAGACAUUUUUGGCAGACACAAGUGGGGGGAUGCUACAGGCAUCAAGUGGGGAUAGAGUAGUGCCAUGCACUGGACAGCCCCCCGGUGAGCAUUCUCCAGCCCAAAAUGUCAAUAGCACCAAGGUUAAGAAACCCUGCCCUAGGGCUAAAUCAUAGACUAACCCUCAAGGACAGAUUACUACCUUUUAAGGACAGAAAUUAAGUUCCUUAUUCCUUUUCUAAGCACAGUUGAGGAAAAAGCAUGGUCAAUUUAAAUGAUUCAGUCCCAAUUCCAAUUUGGCUAAAACCUAGGAGCCUACUCUCAAAAUCUGUGCACUUUCUCUCCUAGAGGAUUUCCUUAACAUUACUUUUCUCCUGGCACAAUGUUCCAACUCCAUAGUUCCUGUUAACUUGCAGAGAAAACUGAAUAAAUCAGACCCUAAUUACAAGCAUGCCUUAGUGAAAGUACAAAUAAAUGAGCACAAUUGCUAAACGUUCACACUGACACACACUGACUGCCUAAACCUGAAACUGCACGUUAUGGUCUGAGGCACCUCCAAGUUGGUAGGAGAGGGGCCUCAUAAAUGCAGGUACCCCUGGGGGGCGAGGUUUGGGGUUUCUUUCCUUUGGGGCUGCCUUCCCCAUUGUUCCUUGGGAAACAGCCCCAUUAGUUGCCUGUGUCUUUGAUAAGUGGGAGGGGACAGUUCUAGCCAAGUUUCUAUAAUCAGCCUCUAAAUGAACAGGUUUGCCUUGGACUGCCACGGUUUCUCACUCCAGGGGGAGAGCUGGGCCCAGCCUGGGCUCUUAGAGCAACAGUUCUGGGUGAGCCAUGCAAGAUGGGCAGUGGCAAAGCUGCAUUUGGGCUUUGAUCUUGAUGUCCUAAGCUUGGAGUCGGUCUCCAGGCUUCAGCCUAGAGGCCCCUCCAGCUCCCCAGCCAGGCUGGGAAAGUCUGCUGAAGUGCUCUGCUGCAAGCAUGCCUGCACUGCCCGCGCUGUGAGAGCCAACUUAGACCCAAGCUGGUCUAAGAAGAUGGCUAAUUAUUCCCAGUGCCACAGUCCAUUGUUACAAGUG